AGCCCCGCAGCCUCCCGAUUGGCUCAGCCAGUCACGUGGGCGCCCAACUUUAUUCAGUUGACAGCAAGUAGGAGGGCCCUCUGGAAGGGGGGAGAAAAAAAAAGACAGCGCCAGAAAGGGGGGAAAAAUUAGUAUUUUCCAUCUCCCGAAAUUAAUGGCCAUGAGUUCGUAUAUGGUGAACUCGAAGUACGUGGACCCCAAAUUCCCCCCUUGCGAGGAGUAUUUGCAGAACAACUACCUGGCCGAGCAAGGCUCGGAUUACUACGGCGCCUCGCCGGACCCGGAUUUCCAGCACCAGGGACUCUACGCGCGGCCGAACUACAGCGGGCAGCAGCCCUACAGCUGCGGCAAUGGCCAGGGUUCGGCGGUGCAAGCGCGGGGUCACGGGCAGGAGCAAGCCGGCCUGACGGGCCCUUUUCCCGGGCAAGGGGAGCACUGCCCCCCGGCCCCCGUGCCUGCCACCAGGACUUGCAGCCAGCACCCAAAUCUCAAAAGCCCCAACGGGUCACCCGCCGCAGCAGCAGCCGCAGCAGCCAAGCAGCCAGCCGUGGUGUAUCCCUGGAUGAAGAAAGUCCAUGUUAACUCUGUAAACCCAAACUACACAGGAGGAGAACCAAAGCGCUCCCGCACAGCUUAUACCAGGCAGCAAGUCCUUGAACUGGAAAAGGAAUUUCACUUUAACCGGUACUUGACCAGGCGCCGCCGAAUUGAAAUCGCCCAUACGUUGUGUCUCUCCGAGCGGCAAAUUAAGAUCUGGUUUCAGAACCGAAGGAUGAAGUGGAAAAAAGACCACAAACUCCCCAAUACCAAAGGCCGCACAUCCAGUUCGUCCUCCGCCUCCAGCCAACACUUACAAACUGUUUCCAAGGAACACCAAACGGAUUUGACUACUUUAUAGGAAACUUGGAAACAAGUCUUGUUUUCUUUUUCCAGGGUUUUUUUUUCCCCUUCGGAAUUAGGCUGCCCAGAAUGCAGGCAGUCAAAAUACAAGCACAUAGUGACACCGAUACUCAUCCUGCUGAAAGGGAAAGCAAGGUGUAACAGUUGACAACUUUCCAAUGAGUCGCCUCCUGUUUUCUAAGACAGUGGAGAGCAAUGUUACGGGGACCACAGGAGUGACGGAAGUCAACCUAAACAUUCAAACAAACCAAUUCUGCUUCCAGGUGGUGAGAAAGUGAUAUACUGUAUAUCUAUCUGUCUAUACAUAUAUAUAUAUAUAUGGAAAACAUAAAUGAAUCAUAUUAAUAUUUUCAAAUGAAAUUCCCCUGGCAGCACACAGUCAGGCGCUAUUGCAGACAACCCAUUUGGGAUUGCCCUUGUAAUCGACCAGGAAGGGUUUGGGUGCUUUGAGAUUAGCUGUUUUUGCUUGGUUUUCAUCAUUCCAGGUGUUAUAGAGCAGAUCCAAAACCGACCUUUGCCUUGAAAACAGGCAAAACAUUCUCUUUCCAUUUCUUAGAGUACUUUCAAUAAACAACCUUAAAUUAAAAGCUUACCCAAUUCCUCCACCUUUUCAGGAAGAUCUUUAAACAAUGAAGUGAAAACGGGUUAUUUUCAUGUGUUGGUGAUAUUGUUAUUAGCCUAUGUAUUUAUUUGUUAGUUAGGAAAAGGGGGAAAAAAAGAAUCAAACCAAAAAUAUCAACAGAGAUUAAAAGCAAAACCUCCUGCCCGCUCCGCUGCUUGGAUUUUGUUUUUGGAAAAACUUGAUUUCCUUUGCUGCUUUUCUUUCAGGUGUUUCUGUACAUAGGAAAUCUUUUCCCAGUGGGGUUUUUCUUUUUUUCAGAUGAGAUGAGAAAGAACUGGGAUCUUUUAAAAUUUUGAAAUGGACCCUUUUGUUCAUGGCUGGUACUUUAAUCCAACAGAGGAGGAGGAGGAGGAGAGGAGAGGAGGAGGGAGAAAGUGGAUUAAAUCAACCACAAAAGCCAAGCCUCUCCCCCCCCACCAGUGUAGUAAAUAUUCCACGUGAUUCGUGACCCUCAAAUUUAUUUUAUGUUCAUCCUAGAUUACUAUUUUUUUAUUAGCCUCUUUUAAUUUAAUUUAUUGUGUUGGGAUUAAAAAACAAAAGAACAAAACAGAGAAGGGGUAGAUUCUGUGGUUUGGGUGGAAAGAUCAGUGCUUUCUUUUGAUUCAGAUGUAAAUACAAGAACUUGGAUAUAUGUUAAACAGAUUUUCAACAUAAAGGCAGCUCUUAUUGAGAGACGAACAAGUAACGAUAAACUUUGGCAGAAAUUUAUGUCUUUUGCACAGAUGAGAAAGAUUUUUGUAUUCUUUGCUUUUUUCUUUUCUUCUUUGAAAAAAAAUUAGGUUUGGCCAAAAGAAUUUAAGUUCACACCAUUCUGACAUAAAGGAAGGUUUCCCCCCCCCUCUUAAAAUCAUUUAUUCUUUCCAACCUUAUCUUGGGAAAGGAACAAAGCAAAUGUGUCUCUUCUGCCCGUGUUCAGUUGGCAAAGCAGGGAGAAAGGUUCCGGGUUCAAGUAUUAAACUCACAGUCCUUUUACAUUUACAAUUUGUGCUUAAGCAUGUUUAUUUCCAAGUAAAUUCACUAGGUUUAAUGGAAUAUACCAUCUCAAAUUCUAUCCACGGAAAAGUUUUGAACUCGGGAACCUCACACUAACAUACAGGAAUCUCAUUUCUUUCUUUCUUUUUUUUCCCCAGGCAGAUUUAUUUCUAGGCAUGUUCCUUGAUUUAAAGGAAAACAAUAAAAGAAAUAAUAAAGUAAGGGAAAGAAAAGGACAGUUCUCCCCCCCUAAAUAGUGGACAUCUCAGAGACUCACACUUAAUGUUAGUGGAUCUUAAUAAACCUGGUAGUUAAAUUAUAAAGCUUUCGGAUAGGAAAAUUUUAGGAUUAAUCUCCUAGCAGGCUCUUCCUUUCUUUCUCUUUCGGUGCCAGAGCCCUUUCUUUGUCCCCUUUUGAGCUGAACCUCCUCUUGGUCUCAGGCUCAGCCUCCAGCGCUGGCUCGUUCCGGUUUUUCCCUUGAAUAUGUGCCCGUCAUGAUAUUAAAGAUGGAUAUUUGGGCAUUAUUUGUGUCAUUGUCUCUAUGACAAAAAGCACCCCCGUCCAUUCGAGGGAAGAGGACGCCUCCACGUUGAGAGGCUCAAAAGGUAUUUCUUUGCUCUCGCUCCCCUUUUCUUUCUUCCUUUUUGUUUUUACUGAAGUUCAGCUCAACUGUAGAAACAGGUUCAUCCAGAGGACAAAUUUUCUAUGUGAUUAGCCGUAUUGCAGCCUGGAGGAAUGACCUCUAAACCCUUAACCCCUUGGACAGGGGGAGUCCCCCUUCCUUUUCGGCCGCCCAGCAAACCACAAGGCUGUUUCAAACCCCCUUCAAGCCUAAAUUCUGAGGUUCUUUUUGUUGGAAGCGCCCACCUAACUGCUAAUUGAGGUGGGUUGUCUCUGGGUCUUUUUCAAAAUCCUCCUCCUGCAAUUGUUUGAAUCCGGAGGAAGGGGGAGUUCGCAUUGGGCCUGGUUUGAACCACUAUCGCAGCCCUGUUCUGGCCUGAGCAGGAAACCGGCAGCAUCAAUUCCUUGGCAACCUCAACCUUUGCCUACUUACUAGCAGGCAAGUCCCCACUGCUUUUUCAGCAGCCUAAGUCUUACAAUCUUGCUUCUUCUGAAGUUUUUAUUCUAAUGGGCCAUUUCCCCAGUAAGAGAUUUCAAUACAAUUGCUUGGGAGAAAAUCUGGGAAAGGCGAGAGAAGAAGGGAAAUUUAUUUGGUGUUUUGGGGCAAAGUGUUUCUCCUCCAAACAACUUAACCGGGGAGUUGUAGUCCAGCCACUUUAGUCGAGCUAGAUUUUUUAAAACUUAAUCCUGUUGAGGACCACAGACCCAAAUAAUGCUAUCAUAUUUGUUCAGAAAUAAACUCCAGGGAUUGGAGCACAGCAAAGGCCAAUUAGCCGCAAAUUCUGGUUGACUAACAGGAUGAGGGUGAGGAAGGUUGUAAAAUUAAACACCCUAGGAAAGCUAAAAUCUCUCCCCAUCGCUGCCACCCCCAUUCCCCAUGCACAGUGACACCUAUUUCCCAGUAAACAUGUUCUGAAGAGAACUGCUGUUGGGACAAAUUUUACUCCGCUAUAUUGCUCUUCCCUCCCCAAACCCAUGAAUUGAAGAGGAUGCAGAAGGUGUGAAGAAAACAGAACUGGCCCAAGUCCUUUGUAAUGUUAAUGUCUUCUUGACAAAUGUUUACUUCAAACUAAAGUUGACUUGAGAGAGUGUGUUUGAGUGCAGGGGAAUCCUCUUUGAGCUUUUUUUUAAAAAGUCUUAAAUCUUGGUGGUAUGUAUGUUAGCUCACUCUUGAAAGGAAAUGAUAAAGUGGCCAAGUAUCAAAGGUUUUCUAUUUGAUGGCUCCAACAUUGUAAACAUUUGGUCAAAAAUGUGAAUGAAAAUGCACGUGGGUGCCCACUGUUUACUUCCUACUAUCCUUUUUCGCUGUUUCUGGGAGGGAGGCAGCAAAGGAGGCUGUUCUGGCUGGGAGUAAGCUAGGAUGGUACCUCCAGCAAAUAGAAGUUGAAGUCAUUUUCGUUCCUCUGCGUAGGACUAUCGUCUUUGGGUCCAAUUGCAUUGUCCAACAAAAAAAUCUCUG